AUGGACGCAACUGCGACUUGGUCUACUCUGAGGCAGCGGAGGAGAAGAACUGCGCCUAAAUUCCCUGGCAGACCUCGUCACAAUCUAGCCCGUAGACAAAGUCCAGCACCUCCACCCACUAAGGAAGAGGAAGCCGAGGAAGCAGACGGGGAACAAGAAGUCGGCGGCAAGCAGGAAGAAGAGGAGGAAGACGAAGAGGGGGCCAAGCCUAAUCAACCCGCCAACCAGAGAAAGGAACAAGAGGAGGAGGAGGAAGAAGAAAAAGAGGAGGAGAAGCCUGCAGGCGGCGCUGCAAAGGAAGCCGAGAGUGAUUCAGAAGCCGGCGGCCAAGCCGGCGCAGCAUCAUCAGCCAGCGAUUCAGACGCACCACAACCAGGCGCACCGCCAGGCCAGCAAUCCGACUCGAGCAGCGAUUCAGAACAAGAGCAGCCUCCGCCAGCAGUAACACCACCACCCGGAGCAACGCCAGCCCCUCCCCCGAGUGUGCAGCCGCCCCCGGCCGCACCGUCACUCCCACCCCCGGCGGCGCAAGGAUCCCCGAUCCCAUCGGCAGUCUUGAACCCGGCGUUGCCGGCAAGCCUACCGCCCGCAAGAGGCUUCAUUACUCUUGUUCCCGGAGCGCCGCCACCCUCUAACCCACCGCCUCAAGAGGCUCCAGCGCAACAACCGGCGCCGGUCGCGACACCGUCGAAUCCUCCUGCCCGCCAACCGCAGAAUCCUCCGCUUGCCAGUCAGCCACCUGCAACACCAUCACCGCCUCCUCCUCCUCCCGCCGCUGAAACCACUCCUUCAACGAAUCUGCCGCCGCCCCCGGUUGAAAAUGCCGCGUCCGGAACACCACAGCCGGAACUUCUCCCACCAAGCUCACAAGUCGAGGCUUCCAACGCGCCAUCGGCGUCAGCUGCGCCCGCUGAUGGCACAGACCGUGGAUUCGCGAUCGGAGUCUCCUUCGCCGUUGUCGGGAUCGCAGCCAUCAUCGGGUUGCUCAUUGGCGCAGUAAUCUUCGGCGUAAAACGUUACAAGAGGAAGAAGAAGGUCGCCGCCGUAGCAACAAACAUGACGCAAAACACACCACCAGGCGGUAACGGUAUACUCCCAAGAGAGUCCGCCAUCCUCAGACAACCAAAGCGCAGCACCCGCGAGAUGGAGCGCGCCAUGGUCACAACCUUCAGACAGACCAAGAUCGCGAACCGUACCACCAAGGAGAUGGAAGAGCAGAUGAUGGAGCAAUUCAAGACAGACAGGGCAUCUAGGGUGGACGCAUCCUCCGCCAGGCCUCUACCGAAUCCUUCAACAACGAACGCGACUGCUGGGGUUCCGCCUCUUCCCAAUAUGCCCAGCAACAAUGAUCCUAUCGGAAACACUAGGAACAUGCAAGCGGAGAGUUUCUACUACGAAAAGUCCAUCAAUGAGCCGCCGGUCGUACCCGCGCCACUGAGAAUCAGCACAGGGCAACGACGGCCUCCGACAGCGGUUUCGACAUCGAGGGUGCCGUAUCCUGCUUCGACAUACGACAUGUACCAGGAAGUUGGACAGGGUCCGUACCGGGAGUCUAUCAAUAUCGGAUACCAGCCUACCACUAACAACAACGGCUAUCGACCAUAUAACCCGGACAACUUUUACCGGCCGCAGCCGGGUCAGCUCCCCCGAGCGGAGAGGGGACCUGACGGGCGGUUCUCACCCGAGAUGGGGUACCGCGGUUGA